UCAUUUCGGCAGUGUCGUUCAUUCCACUGACCACUCAGUGUUCAUUUAGAAGCGCAGCCUAUGGCUGUCCGUCCGCGUUUUUUUUUUAUACGCGUUGGAAUGUGGUGCGGCUGUUCUAAUUAACCGUUUCCUAUAUAUUUUGUGAGUCAGAAUCGACUUUGAAGACAAUUUUAUACUGCUUCAGUGAUAAGAAAAAUAUUUAUGACACGCACUUUAUGUAAUAGCUAGAUUCCAAACAACAUCGAUAAAAAUGUCUAAAUUGUGCCAAUGCAAUGUUGAAUUUAUGUCUAUGAAAUACUUAUGCAUUCAUUCAAAAUUAAAAUAUUACUGAACUAAUAUGAAAAUAGAAAAUAAAGUAACAUGCCAAAUCAACAUAAUACUGCGCAACAAAGCAACAUAAAAGGUCCCACCGAUUUUAAAUAUGGUGAUGCUGAUAUUUGUUCCAAGCGACGAAAGUGUAAGGACGGUAAUAGUAGGGAUAUUAGCUAUGCGGAAUUCUCACAAAUCGCUAGAGAAUCAAGUUCAAAUAGUUCGUUUGAGGUAUUUUCUUCACAUGAUUUGAACUCUGAUUUUAAAGGAGGUCUGCUACUUAAUACCACGACCCCUACAUCAACAUCAUCGAAGCAAUCAUCACCAAAUGAAACAAGUAACGAAAAUUCCUGUUUUAUAACAACAAAGCCUUCACAAACAAGUAAAGGCUUUGAAAACACGUUUAAACUACUUCAAACACAAGUUGAAUGUAAUGCCAAAAAAGCUAUUAACGUUAUGCAGUCCUUCAAUAUGGAUACGUCGUCAUUAAGUAGUGGCUGCAGCUCAUUAGCUUCUAUUGGCGAAGCCGAGCUAGCGCCCACGCGUUUGGAACUGGAAUUGGAAGCUAUGGAAAGAGUACGCGCUCUAGCAGCACACAAUACUUGUUAUGAUAUAUCUCCGCGCUUUGUAACACUCCUAUGUGAUUUCGUCUCUAGAGGCCAGGGAAUAGGAAAUCUGGAAUGUGAUAGAAGUACACGAAAGGAUAUAUCACAAAAUAGUGCGCAAGACCUAAUAUAUCACGCAGCUAGAAAUUCUGACGGGAGCAACUGCUUGAAAGUUGUAAGGACCUUAUAUUCAGAACCAGUUCUAUGUGGUAAUCGAGUAAGCCAAAUGACUCGGGCAUAUGAUGAUAUUGAAGCUGUGACGCGUUUGCUGGAGGAGAAAGAGAAGGAUUUGGAAUUGACAGUACAAAUCGGAAAGGAACUUUUGACGCAAAAUAAUGCGCUAGAAAACAGAAUCAUUGAGCUAGAAGCGGAUUUAAAAGCAUCCAACGAGGAUCGCGCACAACUCGUACAUGAACUACACAAGAAAAAUGAGUUGAUUGCAGUGCUAACAAAUGACUCUGAUGAGGGCAGCGAAAAUGAUACACCUACAUUUUCCAAAUCAAUUACUUUGGAUUUACUGCAAAAGAAGAUCGCUUCCCUGCAGGAUGAGAAUAAGUCCUUGAAACACGAAGCCAUACAACUUGCCUCGCAAACAGAUGAUGUUGAAGCUCAGGAACGCCAACUAAUGGAAGACAUCACAUUACAAUUGAACGAAGCUAACGGCCGUUACGACAGUAUGAAUCUGGAAUUGGAGCGCCAGCGGGAGGAAAAUCGCUUACAACAUGAACAAAUAAUAAGCUUGACAGCAAGGCUGUCCGAAGCCGAAAUGAGACUGCAUCAGUUAACGCACGAUAAUGACGAGCAUAUUACACUUCUAAAUAUAACAAAGGAAAAUCAAAACUCAUUAGCUGUGGAAUUACUGGAAUUCAAACAGCGCUAUCAAGAGGUGUUGGCUCUACUGCAGGAGGCACAGGAGCAAUUGCGUAAUCAGCGCAAGAAAACAAUGCCACAAGCGCGCAGCUCGUUCAUUUCUAGUUCUGGCUUGUUGCCACCAGAGUCGUUACAGUGCGAGCUGAUGGAAUCUUCAAUGUAUUCGGAAAAUAGUCUCGACUCUGGUAUUUCGGGUGAUACACAGCGUGCCGAACGCAUGGGCCGUUUAAUGUCACAACUACCUGGUAUAUAUGGAGGUGGUGCUGGUGCAGCUGGUUCGGCCUAUGCGCUGGGUGCUAUGCCUCCAUAUAAACGUGUUUUCGAAACAGUGCGUUGUGCAAGUAAAACUGGCAACUACAUGGAUAGUGGCAAUUCGUCGAUGACACAACUUGGUGCAAUGGCGAUGAGCAGUUCGGGUGGGCCGCGGAUGUCGGCGAUGCCGUAUCGUGGUGCUGCCUUCGACGACAAUAAUAUGGGCUUGAAGACCUUGUCGUGCGAAAGUCUGGCAUCACAAUCGGACGACGGCUAUCCGUCGGCACCAACCGGUGUGCCUGGUGCUCCGGGAGCUAAAGACUUAGAAGCGGCAUUAAAACGACUAACACCGGCAGAGGUGUUGGCGCGUCGUGCUAUGCUAACGUAUGCUCCACCUGGCACAUACAACUAUGAUGAACAGACAACGAGCACGAAUACACUUCCGCAAGGUAUACGCACGCCAGAUAGUAUUAUGUCGACAGGUUCGUCGGGCAUUUCGUCCACCAACAUGUCGGCAUCAAUGCAGCAAUGGCGUUUACCCGAAAAAUUGCAAAUUGUAAAGCCGAUUGAAGGUUCUCAAACACUGCAUCAUUGGUCACGAUUGGCAACGCCAACAUUGAGUGGCUUGCUGGAGGAGCGACCGGGUGUAACCAUACGAGGCGGCCGUGGUUUAGAUGAUUUGGGAAUGCAAGUAUAUACACUUUCCGAUGUGGAGGAAGAUGUGAGCGAUGACUUGCCUGGCAAACAAUUUGAAGCUUCUGGCUGUACAUUUACCUAUACAACGAGCAUGGUAAUGCAUCCCGAUGACGGUCUCAAUGAUCUGUCGUUUUUGUCACAGUCACAAUUAUCAUCACGCAUGGCUUCGGCAUCGACUUCGCGACAACCCAGCUGUCCACCCACACCACGCGGCGGAUUGUCACGCAAGAAUUCCUGUUCGACGUUUUCGGUUAAUUUAGGUUUGGCUUCGAUGUUAAAUGAACGCGGUAUUAAGGCUGUGACGCCAAGUGCACUAAACACUCCAGCUGGACCAAACUUUUCACCAACUGUCACACCCUGCAAUAGUCCAGAGGGUUCACCUCCACGUUCCUCCUCACCUGAGCCACUGUUCGGUAUUCUAUCGACAGGUGCAGAUUUAAUUAGACGCAAAUUAAUCGGCGACAUCGAACGGCCCAAUCGUAAUCAGGCUCAACAAAAGCAAAAAAUUAUGCUAUCGCGUUUGGAAAGGCGUGCUUUACGCUCACUAAAGCUGGUCGAGAAAGUCGAGAGUAUUGGUCUGGAGAACAUUAUUGUCGCACAGCCAAAUUCUAUGUCGCAGUUGGCUAGUGGCAUAGCGAGCCGUAGCUCCAGUCCCAUGGCACAAUUAAUUAGCCUUAAGAAUCUGCAUACUUGCGCCAACAAUGUAGUCGACGACAUACACUUCGAUCGUGAUCAAAUAAAAACUGUGCUGCAUAAAGGCCUUAACACGCCAACUAAAACUGCGAGCGGGCGCGAUGAAGAGUGUCAUUUCGUCAAUAUAACAACAGAGCCAACAGCAACAUCAUGUGGAUUAAGCACAGCAAGAACUAUUAAAGACGAUGGGGAGGAGCCCUCAACGAGAAUGGGAGUAUCACAAAAUACGGCAGCGGCCGUAGCAACAACAACGUCCACGAGUACAACAGAGUCUCGUAUAAAGCAAUUACAGCGACAAAAAUCACGUCGCAAUCUUAAAAAUGGUAUUGCCGGUCAGCGACCAGAUUUGGGUACGAUAGGUAGUGAUAAUGGUGGUGCCAGCGGAGGUAAUGGACGUGUACGUCCCGAUCUAGGAAAAGUGUCUUCAACAGCAUCAACGUCUGUAGCAAAAAAUGAAACUGCAGCGCAAGCGGCAACAAAAGAGAGUGGUGCUCGGCCGAAAAAAAGGCACAGCGACAGCAGUAGUGGGGGCGACAGCGCGCAAAAAGUACGAGAACCGCGAGAAUCACAAAGUAUAACACAAGCAUUUGUCGGAAGUGUGAGUUCUUUACUAUUUGGGCGCAAAGGUGGUUGGCUGUAGAGCUAGAAUGCCUGCACUUAUUUCAAUAAAAGUGGUUAUUUCAGUAUGAAUAUAAUACAAAAAAAAAUCACUACAUAUUUUCAGUUUGAUAGCGUUUGAACGAAACAAAUAAUGAUGAAUAAUAAUGACAAGAGCCGAUAGUGGUGCAGUAUUGCACCGCCCAAAGAGACAAAAAUUAUUAAAUAACUAGUGAAAAGGAAAAAUGCACACACAUUAAUACAUUACGAUGUAAAUCUUAUACGAUAUUAAAGCGCUAAUAUCAAGUUGACGGUGAUAAUAACGACCAUGUGUAUGUUUAUAAAAAUUUAUUGCAACGAUAGUGAAGAUGUAACAAAAUGCUAAGGCUAAUAAUAAUAACUUUAUGGUGCACAUAAUUACAGAGCAUUUUAUAGUGUUAUACCAAUACAAAUGUAUUUACAAUGAAAAAGGGUAAUAUUUCCACUAAUUGCUUAUCUCUUCGCAACAAUAGCAUAGCUACCAGUAUAAAAUGCUUUAUUGAAUAAGUAACGUACAAUAGUAGCAAAGCAAUCCGAUUCGUAUAAUUUUCUUUACUUUAAUUUUAUUAUUUAACAAACUUGAAGUAUUUAUUUUACAUUUUGAUCUGAUUUUUAUUUUUGUUUUAGUUUUUGUUAAAAUCAUUAGAAUUGAAUUUUAAUUUAAUUAACUUUGAAACCGAAACAUUCACAUGGCUUUGCAACGAAUAUGCUAAGGAACUUAGUACUGCCUUUAUAAGCUCACUUUUUACACGGCUUAAUUUUAAAGUUAACAUAUUAUAACUUGACCGUAUACGCUAAUUUUGUUGGUUUCUAAAAUUCUGGAAAGUGCCCAUAUACAUAUACAUAUGUACAUAUGUAUAUCUUUAACUAAAAUUUAACAAGGUGGUUAGUGGGAAAUGGUACACACGAAUAGUAAAAACUCCUUUUUAACGGAAUUCCUUUGCUGAAAGUAUGAAACUUGAAACGUGAAAUCAAGGGUUUCAAGAUUAUCAAUGCUUUCUUCGAACUCAAGAGAGUUUCUCUAUUGUAAUAGCGCUACCAUAGCGUUUUUUCAUGCUGGUAUUUAACAAAGGCAUCGAUGAUUUCAAUAUCAAAGUACCACAGACAUGUAUUAAAAAAAAAUUAUUGUAUUUAUUUUAUUAUUAUGAAAAUAAAAAUGAUUUUAAGUGUUAAUAAAAAAUGUACUACAACGGAUUCUUAUUCGUAUAAUACAAUUAAAAGUUAUUUGAAGACUUUGAAGCAAAUACGAAACGUGGAAAACUCGAGACUCGGAAGGGUAUUCAUAGAAAUUUUAACAAUUUAGCAAAACUCUAGAAGUUUUAUUGGUCCUAUUCAAGUAUAACUUGAAAACAAAAACAGAAGCUCCAAAAAUUAUUUCCUAUAAAGUUUGACAAAUCAUUAAAAAUUGUUCGACUCGGGCGGCUUUCGUGGAUUUUUUAUUUUAUUCGGGGUUUUCAUUGAAUUAUAAAAGACUAAUUAUUAUUUUUCUUAAAAAAUUUGAUAAUUAAAAAAUUAAAUUUCGAUAAUUUUCAGUUUAUUGGGGCAUGUUCGGGUGAAAAAGAUAUUCGAAAAAAAAAACGAAAAACAUCAAUAAAAAUAAACAAAUUUACACUCGGUAAAAGUUUUGAUAAAAUCUAUCGGUUUUCACCUCUUUUGAAUUUAUUAAGGGAUUUGAAGGAUAUCGCAAACUUAAGAAAAAAAUUCAAGCUCAAAAUUUCGACGAUUUCCCCAAAAUUUUAAGACUCCCGUACUUGAAAAAUAAAACCAAAAAAUAAAAACAAAAAUACAAACUAUUGGAAAAAAAUUAACUCAAGGGGGUGUACCCUGUAUUGCGAUUCGAAAAGCUAAUCAUUCGGUUUCGAAGACUCAGCACUAUGACUUUAUUAGAUCGUGUCGCCUAGGUUUUUGAGUUAAAAA